UCCGCUUUCAGCAGACGAAGAAGAAAACCGGCGCUGAUUUUGAACUAAAGGAAUGUCAGGCGUGGCUGUGUUGAUGCUGUGCUAACACUUAACCAUUCCUCCGCUGUUCGGACGCUAUUAUUUUGCAUGCUCCCCCGACUACGACAGGUGCGGUAUAUAUUGGACAGUCGCAGUGAGACAGCAUGGAGUUGUCUGUUGUGAACCUGUACAACCAGUUUCAGAGUCUCAGAGCUCAGCUGGACGCUCUGAAUGAGAGCACCGAACCACAGUUCCUCCAGAUGGCAGUGAACUUCGAAGACUGUCGUAAGAAAUGGCUGCUGGCAGGUCAAGAGCUGGUUUCCUGCAAAGAAAUGUUGGCCAAAGUAGAAACGGAGACGGGGGCCCUGGAGGUCAAACUAAAACACGCACGAAACCAGGUGGACGUGGAGAUCCGUCGGCGGCAGAAGGCAGAGGCGAUCUAUGAGAAACUAGAGCGGCAGCUACAGCUGGUCCGGGACCUGCUGAUUUCAGAGAAUAAUGGCAGCAGUGUUCACCUAAGUGAGGAGCAGCGGUCAGCCCUGGCCUUUCUCAGCGCACAUUCGCAGGCAGCCCACUGUGCUAAAACCAACCUCAACUCCAGCCAAAGAUUAACUAGAAUCGAUGAAUCAACGUCUUUGCUGUCAGAUAUCAGCUAUGACCAAACGGAUGAGUCUCUGGACAGGGAUUCUUCUGUGAUGAAGAAUUUGAAACUCCGUAAACGACAGAAACGGCGCUCCUCCAGAAAGCUCGCUGAAGGUCCUCCACAGGCAGUGAAGAAGCCCCGCUCCACAGGACGUACAUCAGACAGGAAUAAUGAAUCUGUCGUGGCCAAAACAACCAUCACGGUGCCUGCGAUUGGUGGUGUUGUUGAGGCUGUCUCCACCAUUGAAGCGAUACCGUAUUGGACCCGUAGCAGGAGGAGGAGUGUGUUGGCUGACACAACCACCACUGACCACUCUGAGGCUGGUAGUGAAGCCCCCAGCAGGCCGGUCUCAGAUAUUCCAGCCCAAAUCCACACCCCUCGAGCCAAAGGAGGGAAGAAACAUAAUUUUAUCCCCAAAACGGUGAUCAAGUCUGAGUUCUGUGCACCUUGUGGCAGAAGAACCAAGUUCGGCAAGCUUUACCUUCGCUGCCAGGACUGCAGGAUUGUGACCCAUCCAGAGUGUCGGGAUAACUGUCCCCUGCCCUGUAAUCCCUCAGUGCUGGAAACUCCCAUGAAGGGAGCAGAGGCUACACUGGCAGACUUUGCUCCGCCCACCCCCCCAAGGAUCCCGACCUUGGUUAUCUACUGCAUUAAAGAGAUCGAACGCAGAGGUCUUCAUGAGGUUGGCCUUUACAGAAUCUCCGGCCAUGAGCGCCUGGUGAAGGAGCUGAAGGAGAAGCUCAUCCGAGGCAAGACUCUACCUUCCCUUAACAAAGUCGAGGACAUAAAUGUCAUCACAGGUGUCCUGAAAGAUUUUCUCAGAAAUCUGCCCGAGCCGCUUCUCACCUUCCGCCUCAACAAAGUCUUCAUGGAAGCAGCCGAAGUACAAGAUGAUGGCAACAGUCUCGCCCUGUUGUAUCAGGCCAUCAGUGAGCUGCCUCAACCUAACCGAGACACACUGGCCUGUCUGAUGAUUCACCUCCACAAGGUGUCCAAAAGUUUGGACACUAAGAUGGAUGUAAACAACCUGGCCAGAGUCUUUGGUCCCACUCUGGUGGGUCAUGCUGUUCCUGACCCAGACCCCAUGACUAUCCUGCAUGAUACCAGCAGACAACCAAGGGUUGUAGAGCGCCUCCUGAGUAUUCCCGGGAGCUACUGGAGCCGGUUUGCUCACCCCGAUAACGAAGGCAUGGAGACCGCUCAGCACACCGACACUCCGAAUCAAAAAGUGAGCAUACUGGGGCCAGUGACAACUCCAGAACAGCAGAUGAUGUCCAAAACGCCGUCCUCCAGCUCGCUGUCUCAGCGGGUGAUGCAGACCCUCAGCAGUAGCACCAUAUUUGGGAGCAAGAGCAAAGCCACAUCUGCCUCUAACCGCCAGGGAAACUUCUUUGCUUCACCACAGCUGAAGUAAACGCAGGGAGGCCAAAACGCUUUUAUGUAUUUGGAUGUUACUGACUGCAAUAAUAGAGUAUGCUGUUGUCUAAUCAUGUGAAAAAAUUACUGUGCAAUCUUAAGAUUCAGUUUUUUUUGUUUUUCUUUUGAGUGUUUUUUUCCCCUUGUAAAACAUCAAGAUUUGACUAACCUUUAGUCUUUUUAUCUUUGAUCACUAAUAUUUUAUUACUGACCAAAUCUGAUUUCUUCUGAUUCAAGUUUUAAGCUUUGAGUAACCAAGCAACUGUUUUAAACAGAUGGAGAUCAGUGAUUGUUAUGCUUUUGUGAGACGUUCAGAAACUGUAUUUACCGAUGAAUGUCAGUGAUUAUGUGGUUGUAACCACAUGUCAAACCAGCACACAUCAAAAAUAUGACUAAAGAAAUGAAUGGGGAAAAAUCUUGUUGUUGGCCAGUGUAGCUUUUUUUCUUAGUAUGUAACACUUUAUCUUUCUGUUGGUGUGUUUUGCCGUAUGAACAAUUAUGGCUUUUAUUUACUAAUACCUCAGUACACUAAUAGUGACAUGUCAUUUUCUCCUUGGUAACCUACACCACUAGAGGAUACUGUUGCACCAGUAUAGAGAUGCAAGCCUUCUGCAGUGAAUAUGAUUUAUUGUAUUUAUUCUGCACAUAAACACUCAGACAUACUUGCAUAGAUAUUAUUCUGUAAACCAAAGACUCACUCAUGUGAGCUUAAACCUCCGUCUGCUCUGUUUGACAUGAAAAUUAUUUGCAUUUGUAUUUAACUAAAGUGUUACACUAUAUAUGUUGGGGGGAAAAAGUUAUUCUGCAUGAAAAAAAGUCCUCCCCAUGCUGCUUUUAUUGUACGGAUGUUUAACAAAUGUGAUGCAUAGUAGUAACUUACAAUAAGAAGUAUAAAUGUUAUUGCUAGACAUAAAACCCUGAUUGUAUGGUGGUAUUUUUGCAGAUAUUUUAUUCCUUUUUCUUGCAUUCAUUCCUUUCUGACAUCCUGUGUAACUGAUUUUGUUUGAAAUCUGUGGUACAAGUUAUUAAAAUUCAUUCCUUUCUCUCUGCAUCCAUUGCUAAGCUAAAAAUAAAACAUAAAAAUCUUG